AUGCCCAACUGCAAGCCUACGGAGCCUGAGACGGCAGACUACUACUUCGACUUGGGUGUGACUCAAUACGCCACAGCAACAGACAUAAAGGCAGCCUACCGCAUACUAGCGCUGCAGCAUCAUCCUGACAAGAAAGCACCCGGUCGCACUAUAGAUGCUGUCGAGUUCAGACGUGUGAACGAAGCAUUUGAAGUACUGCGAUAUCCCGAAGAACGAAACGAAUACAACGCGCUGUACGAAGGCAUCCGGGAAGAAUGGGAGGAGUACCGCAACAACUACGCCGAAUACGAACUGCAGGAAGAAAUAGACCGCAUUGACGCUGAGGAAGAAGCAGCGCGUGUACGGAGGGAACAACAGCGCCAGGCGGAGGAGAGACAACGCAAAGCAGAAGAUGAAGCUCGGGCAGAUGCUGAACGAACUGCUCGAGAGAAGAAGGAGAAGCUUGCAGAAGAGCGUUCGCGACAAGCAGCAGAGCGUGCCGAGAAAGAGCGAGCUAUAGCUGCGGAAGAGCGACUGCGGAAAUGGAAAGAAGAGCAAGAGACUAUGCGAAAGCAGCGCCGCGAAAAGCGCCAAAGGGAGGCCGAAGAGCGCGAAGCAAAAGUCCGAGAGCAACAUCGCCUUGAACAAGAGCGAAAAGCACAGGAGUACCUCGCAGCACUGGAGGUACAGCAGAAGCUCGCAGAGCAGAAGGCGCGCCAGGUGGAAGAGUUGAUGGUCCGAACAUACAUGCAACAAUUCUUCUCCGAGACCGCGGACGCAGAAACUCAACGCAUACAGCGCCGCGUCCGCCUGGCGCACAUAUGGGCGCGACAACUCCACACAGACGCAAAGACGGCUGCUGGUGCAGGACCUGAUGCCAAAUCCGAGUAUGUGGAGUUGGGCUGGCAUAGGAUUGACGGUACGGCAACGUGUGACUUCUGCAUCAAGGAUGUGAAGCUGUACUUCUUUGCGUGUCCCUUGGGAGGGGCGGCGGCGUGUGGGGACUGCAAGUAUAAGUUCGCGCAUGGGUACGAGACGGCGAGUGGGGAGGUUAUUGGAAAGCGCAAAGUGGAGGAGAAAAAAGCCGCCAAGGUUGGUGGGAAGAAGGGGAAGGCAAAGGGAAAAGGCAAGGGGAAGAACUGA